GGGCGGCCAUCACUCGACCACUGGUUUCCACCAAGAACGUAUUUUCGUGUCGUCAUUUUCCGCGCCUGGCCCAAGGAAACAGCGAUAAUUCUACUUGCUCAUGGCGGGUCACUUACAAUGAUCGCGCAUCUAUACCUGUGUUUAUUUGACGUACUAAAGCGAAGUCAAAUGGAAGACAGGAGAACUAACGGUGCAGCAGAACAGGAAUUAUUCGAAUUUCCAGCGACUUUGGUAACUACUCUGGUUGCUAUGCGCUGCUCUCAAAUCUCCGGUACCUAGCAUAAAAGUCGGGGGCCCUAUGGACUGUGCCUCAAAUAUACUUCGCUUUCGUUCCCCUCCAGUUGCAGGGAGUGUCGGUGCACUACGCUCAUUCGUUUAAAGACGCUCCCUCUGUCUCGUCAUGAUACAAGUUUCUGCAUUGGCUUUUCUUUUCCUGCUGCCCGCGUUGACCACGGCUCAGCUAUCUGGUAGUGUGGGCCCAUUGACGUCCUACUCUGCCAAGGCUGCCGUCAAGACGUGCGACGUUACUGAUUAUGGCGCUGUUGCCGACCUGUCAACCGACCUUGGUACAGCACUGGCUUCGGCUUUUGCUGCCUGCAAAAGCGGUGGUUUGGUGGUCAUCCCCGAGGGAGACUAUGCAAUGUCAACAUGGGUGACUCUGAAUGGUGGAUCUGCUUGGGCACUCCAGCUUGACGGUACUAUAUAUCGUACUGGGACGGCUGCAGGAAAUAUGAUAUUUAUCGAACACACCAGCGACUUUGAGCUCUUUAGCAGCACAUCGUCGGGUGCCGUGCAAGGAUAUGGAUAUAAAUAUCAUGUUGACGGAAACCUAAGUGGGCCUCGUAUUUUGCGAUUGUAUGAUGUUAGCGACUUCAGCGUACACGACAUUGCUUUGGUCGAUGCACCUGCCUUUCAUUUCAGCCUUGAUACAUGUAGUAAUGGCGAGGUUUACAAUAUGGCUAUUAGAGGUGGGAACUCGGGUGGAUUAGACGGUAUCGAUGUGUGGAGUACCAAUAUGUGGAUUCACGAUGUCAUGGUCACUAACAAAGAUGAGUGUGUCACUGUCAAAUCGCCAGCGCAAAAUAUCUUGGUCGAGAAUAUCCAUUGCAACUGGUCUGGUGGGUGUGCUAUUGGAAGCCUGGGCAGUGGCACAGACAUUUCGGAUGUCAUUUACCGCAACAUAUAUACCAUCAAGUCAAACCAGAUGAUGAUGAUUAAGAGCAACGGUGGCUCUGGAUCCGUCUCAAAUGUUGUGUUCGAGAACUUUAUCGGACAUUCCAAUGCCUACUCCCUUGAUGUAGACCAGUAUUGGUCAUCGAUGAGCACUGUCGAUGGGGAUGGCGUGUCGCUAUCCAAUAUGACGUUCUCCAACUGGUCUGGCACAUGUGCAUCUGGAACCCAAAGAGGACCCAUCAAAUUUGCUUGCGCCGAUGGUGCGCCGUGCACUGAUAUGACUGUGACUGAUUUCAACAUGUGGACUGACUCCGGUAGCUCGAUCUACUAUACAUGUAGGUCGGCGUUUGGGGAUGGCGCGUGCCUCAAGGAUGGCUCAGCCUCAUCCUACGCAAUGGUUACCCAGACCAUUACGAGUGCUCCGUCAUCUUAUAGCGCCGCGACGCUUCCUGAUGAUCUGACAACUGAUUUUGGUACCACCGCAAGUAUUCCCAUUCCAACAAUUCCGACGAGCUUCUAUCCCGGAGCCACACCUGUCAGUGCGCUCUUGGGAAACAGCGGCAGUAGCAAGAAGAGCACCAGCGCAGCCCAACUUGCAGACAUCGUAUCGGCCACCCCAUCUACCUCCUGGAACGACGUCUGCUCUUCCGGGUCACCAACUGGUGAAAGCUUUGGUCAGCCUGGACAGCAACAAGGAGGACAACCUUGGGGUGGAGACAAUCUUAAGCGCCGUUUCUCCAAGAAACGACGUGCAGGUCCGCACUCAGUAUUACUUUGA